GCAAAAGAGGUGGCGAAACUGCUGGAGAUGAAGGCCCAGCUGGGGGGAGAUGAAGGGAAACACAAGUUUGUGCUCAAGACCCCGAAGGGCACGCGGGACUACAGCCCCAAGCAAAUGGCCAUUCGCGAGAGAGUCUUCAAUGCGAUCAUCGCCUGCUUCAAGCGCCACGGAGCAGAAGUCAUUGAUACUCCCGUGUUUGAGCUGAAGGAGACACUGACAGGGAAAUACGGUGAAGACUCGAAGCUCAUCUACGAUCUGAAAGAUCAAGGAGGAGAGCUGCUGUCCCUGCGUUACGACCUGACAGUGCCCUUCGCUCGCUACCUGGCCAUGAACAAGAUCACCAACAUCAAGCGCUACCACAUCGCUAAGGUCUACAGGCGGGACAACCCAGCCAUGACCAGGGGCCGCUACAGGGAGUUCUACCAGUGUGAUUUUGACAUCGCCGGCCAGUUUGACCCCAUGAUUCCUGAUGCCGAGUGCCUGAAGAUUGUGCAUGAGAUCCUGAGUGACCUGCAGCUCGGGGACUUUCUUGUUAAGGUCAACGAUCGGCGCAUCCUUGAUGGAAUGUUUGCAGUUUGCGGUGUCCCAGACAGCAAGUUCCGAACGAUCUGCUCCAGUGUUGACAAACUGGAUAAGGUGCCAUGGGAAGAAGUG